AUGACACCAUCGCCCGCCAUGGACUCGGUCCACCAGAAAAGCUUCGACGCCUUCAAGACGACGACACCGCCCCUCGAUAUAGACGCCACCAUGGCUCCCUCGCCCCCCCUCACACUUGCCGGCGACGAUGUCCCCGCCGCCCCUCAAUCUCAGCAGCAGCAGCAGCAGCAGCAGCAGCCCUCCAAGGAGAACUGUGACAGGAGGCGGCCGGAGGAUGAAGAGGACGCCUCCCGCUUCGUCAAGAUGCGCGGGGACCUUGUUGGGAAGCACGUCAGCCCUUUCCUCAAGGAGCACAUACCCGGACAGUACGCUCCCGUCGGCAAGCAGCAGGCCGACGAUGCCGCCGACGACACAAAGGACUCUGCUGCCGUCCAGGCCAAGGAUCCCAACACUCGCUUCUGCUACCGUCACCGUCCAGACUCCAAAUGUCGUCGUGCCGCCGACGAGACCAAGAUGGGCAUGAUUCAGAGGGACCUCAACAGCCUCUCCAACGCCGACCAGCAGGCCAUCACCCACGUCUGGUCCCUCUUCUCUGCCGCCCCUUCCAAGCAUCGCGAGCUUAUGCUCCAGGGCAUCAUCGCCCAGUGCUGCUUCCCCCAGCUCUCCACCGUCUCCCGCGAGGUCCACGAGCAGCUGAAGAUCGACUUCCUGACCGCCCUGCCCCCGGAGCUCUCCUACAAGAUCCUGUGCUCCCUCGACACCGUCUCGCUCUGCAAGGCUGCUCAGGUUAGCCGUCGCUGGCGUGACCUGGCCGACGACGAUGUCGUCUGGCACCGCAUGUGCGAGCAGCACAUUGACCGCAAGUGCACCAAGUGUGGCUGGGGCCUGCCUCUCCUCGAGAAGAAGAAGCUGGCUGCCUGGAGCCGACACCACAAGACGCACCACCCCCGUGCCGCGUCCGCGUCCGAGCCCGCCCGAGACGCCUGCGGCGCCCGAUCCGACGGCGCCCCCCGCUCCCCCCCGACGCCCGGCUCGAGCAAGCGCCGCCUGGACGGCGGAGACGACGAGAGCCGCGGCUCCGCCUCGGCCAAGAGGCCGCGCCUCGAUCCCGCCCCCAAGUCGGCCUCGCAGCUCGAGGUCGUCGCCAAGGUCAGGCCCUGGAAGGACGUCUACCGUGACCGCUUCAAGGUCGGCUACAACUGGAAGGCCGGCCGCUGCUCCAUCAGGACGUUCAGGGGCCACGAUAACGGCGUGACGUGCCUGCAGUUCGACCACAACAUCCUGGCCACGGGUUCCUACGACGCCACCAUCAAGAUCUGGAACAUCGAGACCGGCGAGGUCAUGCGCACCCUGCGCGGUCACACGUCGACCGUCCGCACCCUGCAGUUUGACGAGUCCAAGCUCAUCAGCGGCAGCUUCGACAAGACCAUCAAGAUCUGGAACUGGCAGACGGGCGAGUGCCUCAGCACCCUGCAGUGCCACACCGACGGCGUCCUGUCGGUCCACUACAUGGACAGCACCCUGGCCUCGGGGUCCAUCGACAAGACGGUCAAGAUCUUCAACUUUGACACGAAGCAGACCUUCUGCCUGCGCGGCCACACCGACUGGGUCAACCACGUCCGCAUCGACUCGGCCUCGCGAACCGUCCUCUCGGCCUCGGAUGACCUCACCAUCAAGCUGUGGGACCUCGACACCAAGCACUGCAUCAAGACGUACAGGGGCCACGUCGGCCAGGUCCAGCAGGUGCUCCCCAUGCCCGACGACUUCGAGCCCGACGACGUGCCCGACGCGGUCGACGGGAACAACGACGGCGUGUCGGUCCACAGCCGCCAGAGCGCCUCCCCCACCCCCGAGGGCGGCGCCGCCGACGAGCGGGUGGCCUACGGUCCCACCUUCGUCUCGGACAGGUCGAGGCCCCUCCCGCCCCGAUACAUGCUCAGCGGCGGCCUGGACAACACGGUGCGCCUCUGGGACACGGCCACGGGCAGGUGCAUCCGCAGCAUGUUCGGCCACGUCGAGGGCAUCUGGGGCCUCGUCGGCGACACCCUCCGCGUCGUCACCGGAGCCAACGACUCCAUGACCAAGAUCUGGGAGCCUCGUUCGGGCAAGUGUGAGCGGAGCUUCACCGGUCACGCCGGCCCCGUCACCUGCGUUGGCCUGAGCGACAGCCGCAUGGCCAGCGGCAGCGAAGACGGAGAGGUUCGGCUGUACAGCUUCGAUGGGGACACCCUCGAGGAGAGGGGCGUACCCUCUUGA